AUGUUAACAUUACCAAAAGAUCACAUAGAUCUUGCAAAAACAUAUAAUGCUAUAGCAACUAUUUAUAUUGACAGUGGAAAUCCAGUAAAAGCGAAAGAAAAUUAUGAAAAAGCCUUGGAAAUUGUACUAAAUCAAAUUCCACGGAAGCAUCUACUUUUAACUACCAUCUAUAAUAACAUUGCUAAUAUUUAUAUGGAUGAAUGUCGAUAUGAACUUGCAAUAAAGUACUAUAAACGUGCACUUGAUGAAAUAGAAUCUCCAAACACAAUGAGUGAUGCCGUUAUUUACAAUAAUCUCGGUGAAAUCUAUCGUAGAAUUGGUGAUUAUACAGAAGCAUUAAUCAAUCAUAAAAAAAGCGCUUAA